ACUGAUACUUUUCACAAGACCUGAGAGUCAAACGUCUUUUCGGAUACUAAGAAACUUUUGUCUGUCUUAGAUUUUUCUGAAGUCUGGAAGGACACAUUUUGGUUAUUCUGUGGGAAACCAGGCUGUGGCUGUCAACAGAGAGAAGAAUAUAUCCAUGGUUUGGUGUGUCGGUACAGAUCAUGAUGUGAAGCACAGCAUGUUUUCUAAGCAAGUGUCUACAAGAGCAAUGGCGACCAAACGAUUGAGUAGAUGGAGUUUUGGAUGCUGGAGCCAUCUGGAUUAUGUAUUUUUCCUGCUCCUACUGUGCCUUCCAGUAACAUUGAGCACAAAUAGCACAACAAUUGGGAUUUCAGCCACCACACCAUCUACAGGACCUGAAAAUUCAGCGACUGGAGGAACCACAGAUAAUAUUACCACAACACAUUCAUCUUCAACCGAAGGUCCCAAUAACUCAUCAACACUGCCACUAACAACAAGCAAUGCUACUAUGCAAAAUACAACUACAAUGGUGGAGACCACAGUCGCAUCUUCUAACAUAAGCACAGUGAUCCCAGCAACAACAUUAACAACGGAAUUAAACAGCACUGAUAAUCGUACUACGGAAAGCACACCAUACACAUCCACUGCAAACACGACUUCUUUUGAAACAACCACAAACUUCACAUCCACUGGAAACACAACUUCUUUUGAAACAACCACAAACUUCACAUCCACUGGAAACAUGACUUCUUUUGAAACAACCGCAAGCUUCACAUCCACUGGAAACAUGACUUCUUUUGAAACAACUACAAACCUCACAACAUUUACAGCAACACCCGGACCAUCCCCUUCUGCCAAUAUAACUGAUACAACACCAACCAUUAACCAAACAUUAACAACGACCGCACCCACACUUUGUAACUUCAAUCAAAGCUGUGCGAAAGCAUUUUACUGGAUGACCGUUAAUGUAACAAAAACAGCUGAAAAUGAAAUGAUCAAAACAUGGCUUGAGCAGCUUUACAAAAGCAAACUAAUUGCAUGUGCAGUUUCCAUGCGGAUGGUUAAGACAGUGGUGGAGGAGAACUCUGAUGGCAAAUUAGUAACAGCUGAGCCUAUCACAACUACAAGCAUAAGUACAGAGAAUCCCAGGCUUGAAGACAUGGAGGUCACGUGUGAUCCAAAAAAUAGUACAAAGGAUGCACUGUGCAAUAUUCUUCUGAUGCUGAGUGCACCUGCCAAUGUUUGCUGCAUUAGUGACGCUGUUGUGAAGAUGAACUCAGAAAAUGUCAGUGUCAGUUUGGUGGGAACAAUAGAAAGAGUGGGUGUGUGUGCAGGUUAUACAGAUUAUAUAUCACCAAUUUUUUCUGGACAAUAUGACAAAUGCAAUCAGACAGUCAGAAUUGAUGUAUGUACAGCAGGACCACAGAACAUCUCAUGUGGAAACAAUACAAAUGCAAUUUUUCCACUGGCUACUGGUGAUCAGCAGAUCUGUCCUACUAGCCCACCACCGCAAACAUGUAAUUGUUCCUCACACUGCAAUAACUCAGAUUUCUACUAUUACCAUUUUAAUGUACAGUUUAACCAAUACUUGAUAUUCAAUUCCACCAACAUGGUUCAACAGUCCAUUUUUCUACAGUUUUCAUUGUUGAAUCACUCAGCAUGCAGCAACAUGUCAUCUGCAUGUAACAGUGUGCAGACUCUCAUAAAUCACUUUCAGGAUGUAGGUGUGAGUGGUUGCAUAAACAGCAGUCAGGACGAGGUCUCUGCAAGCAAUUGUAGUGUUAUAUUGAAACUUGACGCAGCUAUGGACCCGUGUGAUGUUCGCACAGCUGUAGAGGCUAUCUCUGAACUUCAGAAAAACUUCACCUUAAAUGGAGUUGUAAGCACAGUAGCUGUCUGCUCUUAUUCUUUGGAUCCUUUAAGAAAGUAUUUCAUAUGGGAGCCAUCUUUAAGUACAAAUUUCAGUUCUGAAAGCUGCAUGGAGUCAGACAGAGUAAACUUGUUAACAGAUUACUGCAAAACAGGUGUUAACUAUAAAGGCAGCCCAAGUAUUGUCAUUCCCCUGAAUGUCAGCUGUAAUUCAUCUGCACCCACUUUUACAAACAGUACCACAACUCCUCCAUCUUUCACAAGCACCUCCCUCUCGAACACAAGCACCAUCAAUGCUACAGUCUCCACAACAGAGUCUGUGAAUGUAACAACUUCUCCUGCUAAUGUAACAGCUUCAGUGUCUACAACCAUGUCAGGGACAUUAGAUGCUGAAGGAUUGUUGAAGUUGAGUGCAAAUUCCUCAUCUUUAAACACCAGUCAGGUGGACCAGAUUUUAUCACAGCUAGAGUCACUCCUCUCUGGGCCCAACAUCAGCCUGGCUCUGGCAAACACCUCUGUCAAUAUUGUCAACAACCUCCUUGAUGUUCCUGUAGCUGUAAUGACUCCUUUCUCAAAGAGGGCCAUUGGGGUUGUGGACACAGUGGGUCUUAAACUGGUUGUAUCAGGAACGAGUCAGUCAAUAGUUUCACAGUCACUGGCUCUGGCAGUGAAGAAAGUCGAUGGGACCAACUUUCAGGAGACGUCCUUCUCCCUAAUCGAAGCAUCUAGUGUGCAGAUUCGAAGUAACCCCAGCAUGGAGACUGAAAACAUGAUGGUUCAGGUUCGAUCCACUCCUUUGGGUUCAGUCACCCUCCCAGCAUCCCUCACACAGAACCUCACGGCAGAACAGCAGCGGCUCGCAUCCAGAGUCCAGUUCAACUUCUUCCAGAAGAGCACCUUCUUUCAGGACAAAGCACUGGGUGAACGUAAAAUAAACAGUGGGAUUGUGAGUAGCAGUGUGGCUAACCUGAGCAUCUCUGGUCUACAGAAGAAAGUGCUGAUAACCCUGCGGAACACAGGGCCCAUUCCGGCUAACUAUGUAGCUUCCUGUGUAUUCUGGGACUUUGGAUUAAAUGGUGGUUCGGGUGGCUGGAGUUCUUUUGGGUGUGAUGUGCUUAAUUCUUCUGCUGAAGAAACUCAAUGCGCCUGCAGUCACCUGACCAGCUUCGGUAUCCUGCUAGACAUUUCUAAGACUACCAUCAGUGGACUGCAUGCUGAAAUCCUGACAUACAUUACGUACAUCGGCUGUGGCCUCUCAGCCAUUUUCCUCUCUGUCACCCUGCUCACAUAUUUGGCCUUUGGUAAACUGCGCAAAGACAUCCCGUCUAAGAUCCUGAUUCAGCUGUGUUUGGCCUUGCUGCUGCUAAACCUGGUGUUCCUAUUGGACGCCUGGCUGGCUCUGUACCCGGAUGCCGUGGGUCUUUGCAUCUCCACUGCUUUUUUCCUGCAUUAUUUCCUCCUGGCAUCCUUUACUUGGAUGGCACUGGAAGCUGUGCAGAUGUAUCUGGCCCUCGUCAAGGUGUUUAACACCUACAUCACCCGCUUUAUGGUCAAGAUAGGACUUGCUGGAUGGGGCAUUCCUCUCGUGGUAGUCAUAAUAGUCAUAGCUAUUAACAAAGACCACUAUGGCCUUGUGACAUAUGGGAGGUAUGCAAGCGGAGCGACUGACGAUUUUUGCUGGAUAAAAAACGACAUUGUCUUCUAUGUUGCUGUGGUGGCGUACUUCUGUCUUGUCUUCCUGCUGAACUUUACCAUGUUUAUCGUGGUACUGAUCCAGCUGUGUCGCAUUAAGCAGCAGAACCCUCACAAUGUGCAGAAUCGCAGCAGCUGGCAGGAGAUGCGCAGUGUGGCUGGACUCACCGUGCUUCUGGGCCUCGCCUGGGGCUUCGCUUUCUUCGCCUGGGGUCCUGUUAACCUUCCCUUCAUGUACCUGUUUGCUAUUUUUAACACUUUACAAGGAUUCUUCAUCUUUGUGUUCCAUUGUGCCAUGAAAGAAAACGUCAGACGACAAUGGAGGACAUACCUGUGUUGUGGCAGCCUGAGGCUGGCAGAAAACUCAGAAUGGAGUCGCACAGCAACGCAAAAGAUAAACAAAGCCACCAAAAAAAGAGGGUUUUCAUUCCGCUCUGCGAAUUCUAACAAUUCUAGCUCAUCUUUCCUGAACCAUGACACCUUGGCAUCUGAUACGCCCGUAGACGUCAGCAACCCGAUGGACGACAGGAUAAUAACUGCAGGAGAAGAGCCCAGCUCAGGUUCUGAUGUGGUUUUGAAUGAGAUCAAUGACCAGUACCGAGGUCAGAGGUCAUACUGAAUGACCUGAUCACAGCCGGUAUGAGUGUGUGUGCAUGUAUGUAAUGUAUGUGUGUGGUCUGGUCUAAUGACACACUGUAUUUCACUGCUAUUUUAAAUUUACAUAAAGUAUUGCGUGUUGUAUAUACAACAGGAAUAUUACUUCAAAUGAAGCACUUUAAUUAAUGCAAUUAAAUAAUGAAGCUACCGCAGUAAUGUAAAACCUUUUAAACCAACAACAACAAAAAUAUCUGAUGGUUUGGGUUGCAUAUUUCUUUCUGUGAGUAGUUGGAUAAUAGUGCAGUUGGAAAAAAUUGGAUAAUUGUUUAUGAAAUGAAAUUAUGUGCUUAAAAUAUGGUUCAAUGAUUUGAUUAUUUUAUGUAUAUCUAUGAGUCUGGGACAUUCAGAAUAAUGUAUUUUAUUUUUGUAUUUUUAUAGCUUUUCAAAAGAAUAAAAUGUACAACAUAAGAGUAUAACUAAAGAAAUACAAGUUGAAGGUCUA